AUGGUUAAUCCGUGUUGCUGUGAUGCGCACAGCAUAUUGCUCUGUCGUGGGCUCCGUUUGUUGAAUCGUGCCUGGAGCCACACCCUUGCCAGCGUCGUUUUUGAGUCUUCUACUGGUGGUGGUGGUCGACCCUUCUUCUCAACCGCCUCUCUCUCUCCACUUCAACAGGUACUUUACGAAGCCGAAGAAAGCGUCGUCGAAGGCGUCUGGACUCCACCGAAGGCCGUAGCCACGCCCACCCAGACCGUGGAGUCGUUCCGAAGCCUCUUCGAGGAGUGGAAACGCCGUCUCGGCGGAGGUAACGAGCUGGCCUUGCGGCUUCUCACUCGCCACGUCGACCCCGUCGUGUUUGCGCAGUUCCAGGAAAAGCUCUCUUGA